CAAUAAAUAGACGAUCUAGAGAAGAGAGGAACUGUGAAAGAUAGGAAGAGAAAGAGUGUGUGUGUGUGUGGAAUGGAGGGGGUGAAGAAGGGAAGAAUAUCGAGUAGGGAAGAUGGACAAGGGUCUCAAAAUAGCAGGGGAGGAGAGAGGGUUAGAGGGGGUAAGAAGAGUAGAUUGGAAGAGAUAGAUCAGAGAGUAGGAUUGGGGUGCAAGCUGGGACAAAGGCUGUAGUAAGAUACAGGCAAAAGAAAGGAAAGGGCAAUAAAGUGGUGAGGGUACAAGGCUAAGGAAGAGUGGCAGCUGGAGGGAGCUGGGGAGACAGGAAUGAGAAGGAGAGAGAGAGAGGGAUGGAGAUGAAAAGAUGAAGAAAGGAAGCUUAUGGAGAGUAGGAGCUAGUGUGGAGACAGGGGGUAGUGAGAACCUUGGUAUUUAGGGUAUAAAGAGGUUUUAGACAGGAAUAAUCUCAUAAGCCAGGGAAGAAGAGUAGCAUGGGAGGUCCUGGGGACUCAGUGUAAUAAAGGAUCAGAUAAGAUGAUAAUUGUAAAAAGCACUUAGCACAGUGCCUGGUACAUGAUAGGACUAAAUAAAUGCUUGUUCCUUUCUCUUAUUCUCUGAAGAAGCACAGGGACUCUCUAGGGAUCUAGGGGGAGAAGCCCCUCGGUUACAGGCACCUGCCCAUCUCGAGGUGAUAAGGCAAACAAGGAGGAGGUCCACCUAGGUUGGAGCCCAGCCUAUUUGAAGCCACUCAACACACUCUACUAUGGCCACUGCCCUUGAGUCCCCAGUUCAGUCUCCAGCAGAGCAGGAGGGGCUCCUCAUAGUGAAAUUAGAAGAAGAUUCCUCCUGGAAACAAGAAUCUUCUCUUUGGGGAGAUGAACUCGAUCUUGAGAUCUCCCGUCAGCGUUUCCGGCAGUUUCAGUAUCAGGAGGUGUCUGGACCCCACCAGGCUUUUAGUCAGCUCUGGGAGCUUUGUUGUCGGUGGCUGAGGCCGGAGGUGCGUAUGAAAGAGCAGAUCCUGGAGCUGCUGGUGCUGGAGCAGUUCCUGAAUAUCUUACCCAGGGAGGUCCAAAGCUGGGUGCGAGAGCAUCACCCAGAGAGUGGUGAGGAGGCUGUGGCUUUGGUGGAGGAUUGGCAGGAAAAUCCUAGGAGACCAGGACAGGAGAUUACUGCCAGUGCACAUGGACAGGAAGUAUCCUCGAAGAAGUCUAGGCCUUUGGAAGCAGUGACAGAUUCAGAGAUAGAGUCCAUGGACCGCCAGUCUGAGGGACAAUCCCAGAAACAGCCACUGCAGAAUCCCUGCCCAGGGCUGCCUGAGCAGCACCAGCCCAAGGAGGAACCACGGCCUCUUAAAGAGAAUGCUGUCCUUGCACCCCGGGUUCCUGCCCUGCCUAAGAUGGGGAGUGUUGGGGACUGGGAGGUGGCAGUUGACUCCCAGGGGUCGAUAACAGAUGAGGAUGCAUCUUUGUACUUCUCUGCAAGCCAUGGGAACCCUGCUCGGAAGGUUGUCUGCAAGGAUGCCACAAGAGAGAAUUAUGGAAAUAAGCUUUCGCUGGUUUUGAAACCUAGCAGGAUCUCCUGGCCAGAGCAAGGAAGAGAGCCAUGUGUGCCAAGCCUUCUGGACUCUGGGAAAAGAGAGAACCCUGCAGAUCAUAGUACAUGUGAAGAACGAGUGAGACUAGGGCAGACAUCCUCCAUGAAGGAAGUAAAACCCUGGGAAGAGCAGGAACAGUGGGAUGUGGAAGAUAUGAGGGUUACAGGGGUGCACUGGGGCUAUGAAGAAACAAAGGCUUUCCUUGCAAUCCUUGGCGAGUCCCCAUUUUCUGAAAAACUCCGGACUUGUCAUCAGAACCGCCCUGUGUACCGGGCCAUCUCUGAGCGAUUGAGAGAGAGGGGUUUCCUGCGAACCCUGGAGCAGUGCCGAUAUAGGAUCAAAAACCUUCUAAGAAACUAUAGGAAAGCCAAGAGCAGCCACCCCCCUGGCACUUGCCCUUUCUAUGAAGAGUUGGACACUCUGGUGAAGGCUCGGGCUGCUGUCAGAGCCACAGACAUCUCCGAGAAGGCUGCGGGGCUCUCCAGGUUGGGGGAUAGUGAUGCUGAGACAGAAGAGCAGGAAGAAGGGAACUGGGAACGUGAGGCAGCUGCAGAGGCCACGACAGCUGAAGACUGUGAUGGGGAUGAGGUGGUCAUUGAAGAACCAAUCCAAGGACCCAGGAUGUCUAGUGGCUCCACCUUUUUCCAGAGUCGUAUUGCAGGUGUGCACUGGAGCUAUGAAGAAACCAAGACUUUCCUUGCCAUUCUUGGUGAAUCUCCUUUCUCCAAAAAACUUCAGACCUGUCACCAGAACAGCCAAGUGUAUCGUGCCAUUGCUGAGCGGCUGCGUCAACGGGGUUUCCUCCGGACACUAGAACAGUGUCGCUACAGGUUCAAAAACCUCCUACGAAGUUACCGGAAAGCUAAAAGCAGCCAGCCCCCAGGGGUUUGCCCCUUUUAUGAAGAGCUGGACACUCUUAUGCGUGCGAGAGCAGUUCUCAGAAGUGCUCGCCUCCCAGAAAGGCCUAGGAGGAGGGAUGCUGAAGAACAGGACCAAAGGACCUGGAGACAGGAGGAGGAAGAGGAAGAAGAGGAGGAGGAGGAGGAGGAGGAAGAAGCUGCCAAAGAGGACGAGUGCAGUGAUGUGCCAACCCAGCAUUUUAAGACCCUUGAUACUGCAGUUCCAUUUAAAAGCUGCAUUGGUGUGGACAUGAAGUGUGAGAACAAAGAACAGAAUUCAAAGCAGGAGGUUUCUGAGGAGAUGCACAAGACAUUAUCAAAACAUUUUGAAGAAGAUGGUUACCAACCUGUUUGGGGGAAAGACAGUGAGGAUGAAUAUGAAUCAUUAAGACAGUGUGAAAGUCCCUCAGAGGAACAGUGGGAGAAAUGUGGUUCUGAAGAGGAUUUAGAAAAAUUAAUAGAUCAUCAGGGACUGUACCUAGCAGAAAAACCCUACAAAUGCAAUACAUGUGUGAAAAGUUUCAGUCGGAGCUCUCAUUUUAUUGCACAUCAGCGGAUCCACACAGGUGAAAAACCGUACAAAUGCCUUGAAUGUGGGAAAAGCUUCAGUGACCGUUCUAACCUCAAUACUCAUCAGAGAAUCCAUACUGGAGAGAAACCAUACAAAUGUCUUGAGUGUGGGAAAAGCUUUAGUGAUCAUUCAAACCUAGUCACCCAUCAGAGAAUCCACACAGGAGAAAAACCUUAUAAAUGUAGUGAGUGUUGGAAAAGCUUCAACCAGAGUUCAAAUCUUAUUAAACAUCAGAGAAUCCACAUGGGAGGAAAUACAGACAGAUAUAAUGAGCAUGGGGAAAGCUUUGCUAACAGUCCAUCUUUGAGGGCACACUUGAAAAAUCACAUGGAGGAGAAGAUUUCUGAGCAGCUUGAAGGAGAAAACAAUUUCAGUAUGAGCUUAACUUGUCCUGGUCCCCAAAGAGCUGACUCUGGAGAAAAACCCUUUGAAUGUCUUGAAUGUGGAAGAAGCUUCAGUAAGAGCUCAGCUCUUACUAGUCACCAAAGAAUCCAUACCGGGGAGAAACCUUAUGAAUGUGCAGAAUGUGGAAAAAGCUUCAGUAAGAGCUCAACCCUUACUAACCAUCAAAGAGUCCAUACAGGUGAAAAACCAUAUAAAUGUGUCGAUUGUGGGAAAUGCUUCAGUGAACGUUCAAAGCUUAUCACUCAUCAGAGAGUUCACACAGGAGAGAAACCAUAUAAAUGUCUGGAGUGUGGGAAAAACUUUCGUGACCGUUCCAACCUUAUUACUCACCACAGAAUUCACACAGGAGAGAAACCAUAUAGGUGUGGUGAAUGUGGGAAAUGUUUCAACCAGAGCUCAAGCCUUAUUAUACAUCAGAGAAUCCAUACUGGAGAGAAACCCUAUAAAUGUACUGAGUGUGGAAAAGACUUCAACAAUAGUUCACACUUCAGUGCCCACCGGAGAACACACACAGGACGUAAAGUUAUGUAGGAGAGAAAAACCAAGUGUUUAUUUUAAUUUUCAGGCAUCAUAUGAUAUACUUGCUAGAGAAGUAUUUUUUUUUUUUGGUGAGGCAGUUGGGGUUAAGUGACUUGCCCAGGGUCACACAGUAAGUGUCAAGUAUCUGGUCUGAAGUUGGAUUAGAACUCCAGUCCUCCUGACACCAGGGCUGGUACUCUAUCCACUGCAUCACGUAGCUGCCCUUUAGAGAAGUACUUUUUUAAGCUUUAGGUGCAGUUCAUUCCAGGGAAACAAUACUGGUGUAAAGACAGGCAACUUGGACGUGAAUUUUAAAACUCUAACAAGUCGAAUAUUAAAACAUAUUUCACAAAAACAAUUUGCUUUUGUGUUGGCAGCCCUCCUCUCACUUUGCCCCCUAAACACAUAUACCUUAGGCCAGCCUUGCCUUGGCUAAUGAAAAAUGUUGGAACCAAGCCAGUAACUUUGCAAGCCCAGAUGUUAAUUAUUGGUUUAAUACAGACAAGCCAUUAGCAUGGGAACUUCCUCACUCGUUUCAAGAAUCGUGUAUGGAAUUGAAGCAAUAAAAAAGCAUUACCACAUUAUCAUAGAUUUCUGACUUUCAGCAAACUUAAAGCACUUAACAGAAAACAUUUCAACCUUAUAAGGCAAAUGGAGAAUUUUUUUCCUUCUAUUUAUAAAUGGGAAAAUAAAUGAUUAAAACAGGAGUCUUGAAUGUAGCUCAGACAUUGUUAACACAACAACAGAAUCCAUAGAGGAGAAAAGCUUGUUAAAUGUGAUAAAAACAUAGCUUUUAGUCUGGUGGGAAACUGGGCUCAGUAGGGAGAUGAGUCUGGGACUCGUUCCUGUGCUUGGUGCCAUGCUAGCAAACCCCUCGCUGAGUCAUUAUGGGGAAGUUCAGGGGUCUUUGGUUUGUUUUUGAAACUGUGGUGGGGGUGUUCCAUGAAUUCAGGUAUUUCUGCAGAGUAUGGGGGAAAUGCUGAUGGUGAUAUUACCUCAUAUUCUCCAUGCCAACUUGUUUUGGAAUUCUGCCCAGGAAUAAAAAUAAUGCCUAAUUACUUUAAUUAUUUUAAUAAAGUAGAAUUUAGUCCUUG